AGCGCCAGGGUUAGGGACCUGCGACCUCUCUGCCUCUAAGGCAGGGAAGUGAGGGCACACGAACUAUUUGUGGGGAUGCUUGGUGACUGGCCACUGGGUUCACGUGCAAAUCUGGAAAAAACACCCUUUUUUCUGGCUCCUGCAGUCCCCCCUAGGCCCUCCACCCACAGGCAGGCUCCGGGAGGUGCACAGGAUAGCGGGGCUCCUGGGGAGGGGUUGGCGGGAGGGGCCUGGGAGGCUGGGGGCCCUGCUGGGCGGGGCAGGAUGGGGGCAUCCGAGUCACUGCUGACUGUCAAGCUCACUCGGCAGUUGUCCGGUCCCUGGGGGGCCCCGAGCCUGUCCUUGUAGGGAGUGACAGGCAGAGUGCGAGCUGUCCUGGGGGAGUGGGCAGGAGCUUAAGACAGACGGCCCGACAGGGAGGGCACAGACCAUCGCACCGCGGACCUGGCAUGGCCAGCAGGAAGACCAAGAAGAAGGAGGGGGGGGCCCUCCGGGCGCAGAGGGCGUCCUCCAACGUCUUCUCCAACUUUGAGCAGACGCAGAUCCAGGAGUUCAAGGAGGCCUUCACACUGAUGGAUCAGAACCGAGACGGCUUCAUCGACAAGGAGGACCUGAAGGACACCUACGCCUCCCUGGGCAAGACCAACGUCAAGGACGAGGAGCUGGACGCCAUGCUGCAGGAGGCCUCGGGGCCCAUCAACUUCACCACCUUCCUCAACAUGUUCGGGGAGAAGCUGACCGGUACGGACGCCGAGGAGACCAUCCUGAACGCCUUCAAGAUGCUGGACCCCGAGGGCAAAGGCAGCAUCAACAAGGACUACAUCAAGAGGCUGCUCAUGUCCCAGGCGGACAAGAUGACUACGGAGGAGGUCUGGCCCUGGGCCCCACCCCUCCUCCCCCACGGCCCGGGGACCCCAGGGCUUGGCUGGGGGUGGGCCCUGGCCCUGAGAGGCUGGAGGGUUGGUGUGGGUGGGACACCCAGCGGCUGAGCCCCAGCCCCCCUCAUCCCCACAAGCACAGAAACAAGCCCAGAGCAGGUUGGAGGUGGGGGCCUGUCACCCUCGGGCUGCACCCCUGGGGACCCACUUGCUCUGCCCUCCUGCAGGGCCUGACACCCGCCACCCUGCCCGCAGGUCGACCAGAUGUUGCAAUUUGCAAAGAUCGACGCUGCAGGCAACCUGGACUACAAGGCACUGAGCUAUGUGCUCACCCAUGGGGAGGAGAA